AGUCGUGGCACUACAAUAUUACCAUUCUUGGCUAGGUCGGGAUUUCAGCACCUUGAGAAGGAAAACCCUGUUUUUAGUCUCUCAUUUAGCCCUGGAAGGCAUCCCUCCCCUUAUUUGUCUGUGUUCCCUGUUGGUGGAGCACUAUCCUUGGCUGAGUGCCGGAGACUUUUCUUGAGCUAUCUUGGGGUAGCUGUGCUGAGUGGGACUUUCUGGAAUGUUCUACUGAUCUACCUCACGUCUCUGGAGGGGACUCCUUCCGGAGGUUUUUCCACUUUCUUGGGAACUCUUUUCUUUGGGGCGGAGGGAGAGGGUGCUUCGACCUAGGGCGUGGCUUUCCCUUGGAUGAACCAUCUCACCCCUGUGGACUCUCCACGGGAUCUGGAACACAGCAGCUGGAUUUCUCUGCUGAUUGAGGUGGAUCGCUUCUUUGCUUCUCAACUAUUUUGCAAAUGAUGGCUGGCAAAGGAGAUGAACUUACUGUCCAACUUGAAAGUACCUUGAAACGUCCUAGGGAAAAUCAGAGUCCAAAAGUAUCUAAGAGAAAGCCCAGUGCAUCCCUGCCAUUAACAAAACAGGAAGAAGAGAAAGAAUCCCUCUCUGUGAACUCCUUCAUGUUCAAGGCAGUUGGUUCUACUGUCGUACAUGAUGUCCACAGUAAGAAGAUGGAAAGUCUUCAGUCACCUGCUCAUUCUGUUUCAAAAUCUGCUCCAUCAGAGCCGAUGAAUAUGGUAGAAGAGUAUUUGCUACCCAAGCCACUGCCUUUGGAUGAGUUCACCAGUCCCACCAAAGGUGGGGCGAUACACAAGCCUGGUGGCAAGGCACAUGUAGGAGGAGUCAAUACCAGCAACCUCUCUGCAGAUGAGACAAAAGGUGAAGAAAGGUCCUCUUUGCCAAAAAAUCCAGACAUAGUUAAUGCUGAUAUAAAACAGCAACUAAUGAAGGAAGUUCGACAGUUUGGACGAAAAUAUGAAAAAAUCUUCAAAUUGCUUGAAGGAGUGCAAGGACCUCCAGAGCUCAAGAAACAGUUUGUUGAAUUUACCAUCAAGGAAGCGGCAAGAUUUAAAAGACGAGACUUGAUUAAGCACCUUGAGAAUAUACUAGAAAAGACCAUUGCUGAAUGCUACCUCAACAAAGAUAAUCACUCUCUCGACAAAUAAUCCUGUUACCACAAUAGUUAGUGGGAAAAAAAUGCCAUAUUGCUGUGUGCUAGAAAAAAAGUUGAAUAUUGUUUAUGCCCCUUAGACUAUGUUACUUGACUUUUAAUGUUAUGAAUUUUUGUUAGUAAA